AUGGCCCGGCUGGGCACGCUGCUCCUGGGCGCUGCCCUGGGCGCGCUGCUCAGCUUCGCGCUGCUGGCCGCAGCGGUGGGCAGCGACUACUGGUACCUCCUGGAGGUGGCGGCCGCCGGCAACCGCACCGGGCUCCCCGGGCCGCUCUCCUCGCACUCGGGGCUCUGGCACAUCUGCGAAGGGCAGGACAGCUGCAUCCCUCUGAUGGACCCCUUUGCCAGUGAGAGCCUGGACGUCUCCACCUCAGUGCGACACCUCCUCUCUCUGCACCGAGCCGUCAUGGUGGUUCUGCCUCUGAGCCUCGUCCUCAUCGUGAUCGGCUGGAUGUGUGGCCUCCUCGGCUCGCUGGCCCAGAGCGUCCCUCUGCUGCUCUUCACCGGCUGCUACUUCUUGUUGGGGGGUGCCCUGACCCUGGCAGGGGUCAGCAUCUACGUCAGAUACUCAGACCUGGCCUUCUCCGAGACAGCCCGCCAGUACGGUGCCCGGCACAUGCAGGACGUCCGUGUCAGCUUUGGCUGGUCUGUGGCCCUGGCCUGGGGCUCGUGCGCCUCAGAGGUGCUCAGCGGCACCCUCCUGCUCGCAGCAGCCAGAGCCCUCAGCCUGAGCCGGCGGCCGGGCGCCCCCCACUCUGUGGUCAUCUGAGUCCGGGGCAGGCGGGCAGAUGGCGGGGUGGGCGAGAGCUGGAGACAGAAGCAGGUACCCUCUGUUAGCCACCCACUGUUCUGGGUGCCGGCCUCGUGCUGCACGCUCACCCGCUGGGCCCAUCCACCACCGCCCUUCACCGUACUCACCAUUCAUUCACCCAUUUUACAGAAGGGGAGGCUGAGGCCCAGACCACCCCGGAGCAAACAGCAGCAUCACUUUGGGUUCAGGGCCUUCCCGAGUCUGAGGUGUGUGCUGGGGGUGGGGGAUGGAGGGCGGGAAUGGCAGCCUCUCUUGCCCUGGUCUUCCCCUUGCCUCAGUCUCCCCUUAUUGCUUCAAAGGUUACAGGAAGCUCCUGGG